UUGGCAGUCAGUCUACAUGCCAACAGUGGAAGAAGUGAGCAGUCAUUUCCGUUGCUCUCUCCAGACAGAGGGAGGACUUUUUUUGGUUGCAGCUACAACCUUUAACAUAGAUGGUAUUCCUUUAUACUACACUAGACUGCAUAUACUACUAUGUCUGAGAAACGGCUGAUUCUGCCGUUAUCUACCAGUUAAUUACAAAUCAGUGUAUUCAUGACAAUAUAAAGCGUGCAAAUGAUCUGUUUUUCUUGCUUCGCGCCAGGAAAAGUCGAGUGGAGAAAAAACAUCCCAUAGAAAAUAAGACUUGAAGUGGCCAUGCCGUGCGUCCAGACCCAGUGCGGCUCCUCUCCGCAAGGAGCCAGCCCAGCCUCUCAGAGUGCCGGCGGAGAACACAGCUGCGACUUCCUCACCCCGGAGUUCGUCAAGUUCAGCAUGGAUCUUACAAACAGUGAAAUCUCGGCUGUAGCCUCUAGCCCGAGUUUCGGUCCUUUGGCGGACACUUACAACUCCGGAUACGACAUGAAGCCCCCGUGUCUCUUUCAGAUGUCAGUUCAAGGGGAGCUGCCGUGCGUGAAAGUGGAGGAUACGCACGGAUGUCCGCGGUAUCAGCCGAAUCAGCAUCACUCGCACCAGUCGGAGGAACUGCUCUCCUCUCCGAGCUCCGUUUAUUAUUACCGCUCUCCCUCACCACACACAUCCAUCACAUCCAACUUCCAAACCCCAGCCGGACCCAUUUGGGAAGACUCCGGCUCACUGUACAGUUUUCGACAGGAAUAUUUGGCCGCGGCGCAUAGGAAAAACGCACUCUCCAGGUUUUCACUAUUUUCCCUGAAGCACGCGCAACACGGAAGCCCGAGCUUGUCCACCUGCCAAAUGACAUUUGAAGGGUCUCUCCACGUGUCCAUGAACCUAGACGCGGGAGGAGCGCACCAAACGCUGGACAGCUCCACGGUUUUGGGCUCCUCCGGGCUGCAGGGGAAGCAGCCCGGUGUGGGGUUUCCUCACCAUCUUCAACUCGCGCAUGGCCACCACUUUAUGGAAUACCAAAACUCUUCAGGCGCUGGCCGACCUCUGAGCUCGGAGGGUCUGUGCGCAGUAUGCGGGGAUAACGCAGCCUGCCAGCACUAUGGAGUUCGCACAUGCGAGGGCUGCAAGGGCUUCUUUAAGCGCACAGUGCAAAAAAAUGCCAAGUAUGUAUGUUUGGCUGCCAAAAGCUGCCCUGUAGACAAGCGCAGGAGGAACCGAUGCCAGUACUGUCGCUUCCAGAAGUGCCUGGUCGUGGGAAUGGUCAAAGAAGUGGUGAGGACAGACGGUUUAAAAGGCAGAAGAGGUCGACUGCCAUCUAAACCUAAAGCUCUGUCAGACCUGAAUUUACCUGGGAGCAGCCUUCUCAGUGCCCUCGUCCGGGCACAUGUGGAGUCAAACCCUCCACUGUCUCGCUUGGACUACUCCAAAUUCAAGGAGAGUCCAGAAAGUCCUCUGCAAGAUGAUGCUCAGCAUGUUCGGCAGUUUUAUGACCUCCUGACCAGAUCAAUGGAAGUGAUUCGGGGCUGGGCGCAAAGGAUCCCGGGCUUUAUCUCCUUACCUAAACAUGAUCAAGACCUCCUCUUUUUCUCAGCAUUCCUGGAGCUUUUUGUUUUACGCCUGGCAUACAGAUCCAACCCGGAGGAGGGGAAGCUGAUAUUCUGCGAUGGGUCGGUGUGGCAUCGGCUGCAGUGCAUGCGGGGCUUUGGGGAGUGGAUCGACAGUAUUGUUGAAUUCUCUGCCAACCUACAGCAGAUGAACCUGGAUGUCUCCACCUUCUCCUGCAUAUGUGCCCUCGCUCUGGUCACAGAGCGGCAUGGUUUAAAGGAGCCGAGGCGCGUGGAGGAGCUGCAGAACAACAUAGUCAGGUGUCUGAAGGAAGGCGGGACGACAAGCUCAGACAGGGGAGGCUCAAACCGCUGGUCCAACCACCUGUCCAGACUUCUGGAAAAGCUUCCUGAACUCCGCACUCUUUGCAUCCAAGGCCUUCAGAGGAUUUUCUACCUGAAGCUGGAGGAUCUGGUGCCGCCACCCGCCGUAAUAGAUAAGUUAUUUCUGGACACAUUGCCCUUUUAGAGACGUUCAUCAGCUUGACUUGUUUUUGCUCGAUUCCAAUCAGUGAUUCUGACAGUCUGAGCUCCGUGAGUCACACUGAAACUGUACAAGAAAAAAUAAAUAAAUAAAAAGGUAAAAUAGAGUCAUAAACGCUUGCCUGUAAAUGCAAAAUAUUAUUAUAUGGAGUGUUAAGGAGCUUCUGCCCUUAAAUCAAUUUCAUUGUGAGACAUUUUAGUUCUAUAUUUUCCUUUGGUCUGAUUGUCAGGCCAAAUGUUUUGACUGUAAAUGAAUGAAAUGUAAUGUUUUGGAGGUAUUUUACACGUUUGUCUGCUACUCAGCUCUUACAAAAAAAAAAAAAAAAAAAAAAAAAAAGGACAUUUUGAUAAAAAAGAGAAACAACACAAAAACAAGUGUAUUUAUUUAUGUUUAAUCAAUGACAAUAGUUAGACUCUCUCAUGGUCGUCUUUGUUCUGAGCGUAAUUUGUCCUUGUCCGUGGUUUUAAUAAAUGAUAAAGUU